UCUUUCUCAUCUCUCACGGCCAGACAGAGGACCAGCGCCGCAACAUGCCAAGCUUUGGCAAUAGACACCUCCUCCGCCUGCGGCGGGUGGCUCCCCGGCUGCCUGCCUCGCAACAACCGCUGAGGGCACUCGCAACCGCCGCCGCCGCCGUCACCCACCCGUCGUCCACCCUCCCGCCCUUCCUCCUCCCGUCGCCGCACGCCUCGAGCUCAAAGCUCACGCUCGACGCCUUCCUCGAGCGGCCGGACGAGGCGCUGUGGUCGGCCCUGUCCUUCGCCGCAGAGGACGAGCUCAUGUCGGCCAUGCUCAACCCCUCGCCUCAUGGCCCGUGGAUCGACCCCGCAACCGCCUACCUCGGCCUGCGCGGCUCGUCCCUCUUCUCGCAUUACCUCCAGCUCCUGCUUCCGCGAUUCAGGACACUGUACGCCAACCUCCGUGCGUCGGGCAUCCACCAGGUGCUCGUCUCCGACCUGGUCCUGCGCAACCCCGAUGCGCGCGCACUCCGCGAGAUCCUCCUCGAGGAAGCGGAGACCAAGAGCACCGGUACCCCCCUCCGGGCUGGCCUAGUGGCCCAGAUCUACCGCACGAUAGCGACACCCCUCCGCCGGCGCACCCUCCCGCCGCUCUCGCGGCAGGCGACGAUUGUCGUCGCUCGUGCCCUCCGCGACCAGGACUCCCUCGACCUCCUCACAGAGGUCUACUACCAGCUCGCGCAUACAAUGGAGUGGGAACCAGAGUAUGCGUGGGCGGCCCUCCAGAUCCCCCUGCACCUUGCGAACCGUGGCCGAGCGCCAUCGGCACUCAAGCUGCUCCAGUACCCCCUCGCACUUGGCAAGCUGCCGGCCGCGGCCCUGGGUCGCAGCUCGCCGAACCACCCCGAGGCCGCUGCACUCAUGGUUCAGUCGGCCGUCGCCCGCACAAUGUUCGAAUGGGGCAUGGAUGUGCGCGCGACCUCGGCUGUCGACGCCAUCCUCGAGACGAUGCGGUCAUCCGAGGUGUCGAUGCCGUCUCUCGAGGUUGUUCUGCAGGCCUGCCGCAUUGCGGACUUGACCAAGAAUCCCGAGCUGGUUCAGUGGUCCGAGGGCGUGCUGCUGUCGCUGGCCGGUGACUUUAGCUUUCCGCCACUGCCGGCGUCCUCAAUCAACGCACAUCUCGACGCGUUGCCCAACGCUGAGGCGCUCGGGUUCUACUCCAAACUGUCCGUCAAGCGCUAUGGCGCUCCUGAAACGCGACACUUGCUGCGAAUCGCGCUCACUCGCCCACCACGCGCCGUCUUGCGCCGGCUAGCCAACGACUUCAGCGCUUCCGGGGCUGACGACGCGACCGUCCCGGAUGUGCUCCGCGUUCUCGCCGCUGCCAACCUGUCAACCUUUGCGCGCGGAAUCUACAACCAGUGGCGCGAGCACUCGCCACACACACUGGUUGACGCGCGCACGACCAUCGCCGUCGUCCGCUCCCUCACCCGCGGCAAUCGCUUGCUUCGGAACACCGAGUCGGCCGAGCGCGUCCUUACCGACUAUUUCACAACCUCUGGCCGCGUGUCAUCCAAGGUGGAGGUCGCGCUCACCAUGCUGCACGCACAUGCCCUUAUCACUCCGGAAGACUCGAGCAAGGCCGACCAGUACAUUGCCGUCCUUAUCGCUGAGCUCGGCGAAGCCGGCGCCGAGGAUGCCCUCCACGACCUUGUUGCCCGCGAACCAGCCCUCGCCCACCGUCUGGCGCAAGUCGCAAAGGCGCACGGCUGGGACCUUGGAUCGUCGGCGUUGGCGGUGGCAGCUGCCUGUGCGACCCGUCACUGGGGUGCGCUUUCCGCCCUCAACCAGGAGCUCUACAUCGAGCCGGGAGAGGAAGAGUACCUGGCCUCGUUGCAGGCCGCGCGCCGCGGCCGCGUGACAGCCAUGCUCGCACGAUUCCGAACGGCUGUCUCGGCGCAGCCCGGCAUCCCCAUUCUCGUGCCCACCUCUUCGGCCGUCCUACAACGGCUCGGGCUCAAGAGUGCUUGGGCGCCCGCUCUCGAGGUGGCUACUCUUGCUCUCUCCUCAGCGCAGAAGAGCCAUCAGGACGAGGUCGCCCAGGAGGUCAGCCGACUGCUGACUGGUAUUGCACGAGAGGCCGCCGAGGCGCAGACCAUGGGAGAAGCAGCCAAGGCUCGCCACGCGGCUGUCACCACUGCGUGGUCUGUGCGCGGCGCGGAACUCAAGAAGGCCAUUGCGUGUCUCAACGCCACCCAGCGGACGCUGCUCGGUGUGCUUGUCGACGACGUUGAGGAGGAGUUGGCCCGGUCAUAGUGUUAGUGUCUAGAUCAUUAUUGCAUUGCAUGGAU